AUGCGCAGCUAUCUACCCCCCCCCAGCCCCCAAAUCCUUGGUGAACGAAACUGCGGCAGCUACAACCACUGUACGACGAGUGUGCUGUUAUUACAGCUGACAAUGAUGAUGAUGAGCAAACCCUUUAGGCGGUUGGGUAUCGAUUUCAUGUGGCGCAUUAGUUCCUUCCUUUUUCGUAUUCCCAAGUCUGUACGGGUUACAGGUAGGAAUCACGCCUCCAAUACUAUGGUGUUUACUACCACGCCACAAGAUUUGUUUCCGCCGAUUCCUCUUUUUUUCGGUUCAAGCUUCCCGAGUCCGCUGCGCGCUCACAUCAGCCGUGUUGAGAUCAGGGUUGAUUCUGCAGCAUCUGAACUUUUUGUGCCUCACAAAGUUCCGUCACUGCAAGAAUCACUAGCUGCAGGAAUCAUCACCAACAGCAAGACAUCAGCGUUCAACACCGAUGCUUCACUGCCGUACAACCAUGAUUUAUUUGAAAGCCUUUUUGUAAAAGAAAGAAUAAAGCUGAACGGGGAAGGGAUCUGGUGCCUGCAUCCCGAGGUGUCUACACUUCCAGACAUUUACUCAGGCAAUCUGGAUAAAAACUGA